GCCGCCUCUUGCCAUUUUCACCUGCUUCCCUAUUAAAUAUCCUAUACUAAAUUUAGGGAGCACAUCGAUUUUAUAUUUUUAUUACACGACUUUGAAAUUUGAAAAAUGGAGAAUCAAAGGAAGAGAGGCGAGAGAAGAAAUCUGAUUGCUUUGACCGGCGCCACCGCGCUUCUCGCCGUCGCAGCCAACUUAGCAAUCAAUGCACUCAAAACCCAUUUCAAGAAUCGGAACAGAAAAGUGGUUCCGGGAUCAAAUGUACAGACAAAUAUAUCUGCUUCUGAGAUACUGAGAUUAGCGGACAGCAUUGUAGCAAAAUACAAGGAAAUUUAUGAUGCAGUUGCUUCAGUUCCACUUGACAAGGUAACCUAUGCCAACACGAUACUACCUUUGGCAGAAUUAGAAGCACAGCAAUUUCCUCUAAUACAGUCUUGUGCCUUCCCAAAAUUGGUGUCUUCUUCGGAAGAUAUUCGUAAAGCAAGCAUUGAAGCUGAGCGAAGGAUCGAUGCCCAUAUUUCCAUAUGCAGCAUGCGGGAAGAUGUUUACCGUGUUAUCAAAGCAUUCACAGCUCGAGGUGAUUCAAUGAGUUCUGAAGUCAAGCGCUAUGCGCAGUAUUUGGUUAAAGAUUUUGAGCGGAAUGGAUUGAAUCUUACCUCAACAAAGAGGGAGGAAUUGCAACGUUUGAGGGCUCAAAUAGAUGAGCUAAGUAUGCGGUACAUUCGAAAUCUGAAUGAUGAUAGUACAGUUCUUCUUUUCAAUGAUAUGGAGCUAGCUGGCUUGCCUCCGGAAUUCUUGAAGGGCUUGGAUAUUGCUGAAAGCGGUAAAUUCAAGGUUCUAUUAAGAAGUCAUCACGUGUCGCCCAUCUUAGAGUUGUGUAAGGUAGGGUCAACCAGAAAGUCUGUAGCUGAGUCUUAUGGAAGGAGAUGCGAAGUAAAUCUUUCCAUAUUGGAAAAGCUGGUUCAGUUGCGUCAUAAACUUGCCAGAUUGCUUGGCUACCUAAACUAUGCUGAGUAUGCUGUUGAUCGUAGGAUGGCAAGCUCAUCGGCGAAGGUAUUUGAGUUUCUAGAGAAAAUAUCUGGAAGCUUAACUGAAUCAGCUUCAAAGGAACUUUCAGUGUUAAAGGAAUUGAAGAGAAAUGAAGAGGGAGAAAUUGCCUUUGGAAUUGAGGACCUACCAUACUAUGUGAAGAAGAUUAAAGAAGAGCAGUGCGAUCUGGAUUUUGGAGUUGUCAAACAGUAUUUUCCUGUUAGUUUAGUUAUAUCCGGAAUCUUCAAAAUAUGCCAAGAUCUAUUUGGCUUAAGAUUUGAGGAAGUAAUAGAUGCAGAAGUUUGGCAUCCAGAUGUGCAACUUUUUUCAGUUUUUGACUUGAGUUCUGGUGAACUCAUGGGUUACUUUUAUCUUGAUUUAUACGCCAGGGAAGCAAAAUAUGGCCUCACCUGUGUCGUUGCUCUUCAAAAUGGUUCAUUGACCAACAAUACGAGACAGAUUCCAGUGGCUCUGCUGAUUUCUCAAAUGCCAAAGGAAGUUGAUGGACAACCUGGAUUGCUGAGAUUCUCUGAAGUAGUAAACUUACUCCACGAAUUUGGACAUGUGGUCCACCAUACCUGCAACCGAGCAACAUUUGCUCGAUUUUCUGGCUUGCGCUUGGAUCCAGACUUUGUGGAGAUUCCCUCCCUGCUUUUGGAAAAUUGGUGUUACGAAAGCAGCUGUCUUAAACUGAUCUCUGGUUUUCAUCAGGAUAUUACCAAACCUAUCGAAGAUGAGAUAUGUAAAUCGCUCAAGAGAUGGCGAAGUUCCUUUUCAGCGCUCAAAUUUAAACAAGAAAUUCUUUAUUGUCUUUUCGAUCAAAUAAUACAUUCGACUGAAAAUGUAGACAUGAAUGGAUUGUUGAAGCAUCUCCAUUCCAAGGUUAUGGUAGGUUUGCCUAUGCUAGAAGGAAUAAGUCCAGCUUCAUGCUUUCCUCGGACUGCUAUUGGCUACGAAGCUACUUGCUACAGCCGGAUAUGGAGUGAGGUUUUUGCUGCUGAUAUUUUCGCCACAAAAUUUCAUGACAUAAUGAAUCAAAGUGCCGGCAUACAGUUCAGAAACAAGGUUUUGGCCCCUGGAGGUGCAAAGGACCCUCUUGAGAUACUAUCGGAUUUUCUUGGACGGGAACCAUCAAUACAAGCUUUUGUAGACAGCAAGUGUUAUUCUCUAUAGGCGUCAAGAAUCUUGUACUACUGUAACUAUAAAUGCAGUAUGCAUAUCACUGUAUUUGUUCAUCCAAGAUCAAUUGAUAGUGAAACUUAUCUAUGUAAGUCUCUACAUAUUGGAAAGCAAUAAUUUUCCUAGUUAAGAGCUCCAA